AUGAAGGGUCCUCGGGCCUUCAAGGUCGCUUCGGCGCUUUCACUCUUUACAAGUGGCUUGUGUGCUGAUAAUUCCACUAAUACCACCUCCGCCUCCGAGCCCACGCUUCUGUCAGAUGGCAACUUGGACCUGGGCGUUGCCGCCGACGCAUAUGAAAAGGCCGUUGCCUUUGUCUCCACCCUGACCAACGCCCAGAAGAUCACCAUCAUCACUGGCGGAGACCUCACAGAUGAUAAUGCGACAUGGACGGCCUUGGUAACCAAGGACGGCGCUGCUGGUAUCAACCAGAACUUUUUCGUUUCAGGUUUCACGGCACCUUCCGCUCUCGCCAUGACUUGGAACCGAACCCUCUUCCGGGAGAACUUUUAUGCUCUUGGAGAGGAGUUCUACGAUGCUGGUGCCAACCUGAUUGACGGCCCCGUCUCCAGUCCCAUGGGCCGUGUGGUAUACGGAGGACGUAACCCCGAAGGCUACGGCCCUGACCCGUACCUCAAUGGUGUUGCCGUGGGUCUGGGAGUUGAGGGAAUGAACAGUGCCGGUGUCAUUACCGGAGCCCGUCACUACCUGUUCAACGAGCAGGAAACCAACCGAUCCAGCACCAACAGGUACUCGAGCAACGUCGACGACAAGACCACCCGAGAGGUCUACCUGUGGCCCUUUGCCGAUGGUGUCAAGUCUGGCUUGAUGGCCGCCAUGUGUGGAAUGAACAAGAUCAACAACACCCUGUCCUGCGAGAACUCGGAUACCUUGAACAAAUACUUGAAGUCUUCCGUGGGUUUCCCCGGUAUGGUUUUCCCUGAUGUGUCUGCACAGUCUACAUCAUACGGUUCUGCCAACGGUGGUCUGGAUUUCGGUUCUUCCUCGCUCUGGUCCGAAGACAUUCUCGAGGCUGGUAUUGCCAACGGUAGCUUUACCCAAGCUAGACUGGAUGACAUGGCUGUCCGCAACGUCAUCGGAUACUACUACGCUGGACUCGACGACGGUCUUCAGCCCUCGGAAAUGGGCACUGACGAGUUCCGUGAUGUCCGUGGAGAUCACGCGGAUGUUAUCCGCCGCGUUGGCGAUGAGGCAAUCGUCCUCCUUAAGAACACCCAAGAUGGCACUGGUCGUGGUCUUCCCCUGAACAAGCCCCGAACUGUUUCCCUUUUUGGAGCUCAUGCUGGCCCUGCCAUGGGUGGCCCGAACAGAGCCUUCAGUGUCGCUGGUACUCCCUCUGACACAUACCAAGGUCAUCUUGCCGGAUCUGGAGGUUCCGGCCAGCCUUCUCUCCCCUACCUCGUGACUCCUUACCAGGCAAUCUCUGCCCGCGCCAUUUCCGACCGCUCCAUGAUUUGGUGGAUCCUGAACAACACCUACACGGACUCUACUUCCUCCUCUGGCGGAGGAGGUGGUUUCGGCGGCGGUGGCGGCAUGCCGACAAUGGGAGACAACAGCACUACCAAUGGCACUUUGACUGGUGGCCCAACCGACAGCGGCAACAGUAGCUCGAGCAUGGGAGGCGGCGGCGACAGCAGCAGCAGCACCAACCUUAGCAACCUUGGUUCCGGUACUGCUCAGUCACCGUCCAUCACAAACUACGCCCCCAACUCAGCCGCCUGCCUUGUCUUUAUGAAUGCCGAUUCCGGCGAGGGCGCCGACCGCAGCGAGCUGUCCAACACUGAGCAGGACACCCUUGUCACCACCGUUGCUGCCAACUGCAACAACACCAUCGUGGUUGUCAACACUGUCGGUGUUCGUAUUCUCGACGCUUGGAUUGAGCACGAGAACGUCACCGCUGUCCUCUACAGUGGUCUGCUGGGCCAGGAAUCCGGAAAUGCCAUUACCGAUGUUCUGUACGGCGACGUGAACCCCAGCGGCAAGCUCACCUACACCAUUCCCAAGAACGCCAGCGACUACCCCUCCGAGUUCAACAUCUGCGAGGAGGAGCAGUGCGACUACACCGAGGGCGUCUACCUCGACUACCGCUGGUUCGACGCCCAGAACAUGACGGUCCGCUACCCCUUUGGCCACGGUCUGUCCUACACCAACUUCACCUACGGCACCGACGUGACGGCCACUGUCGUCAACGAGACGGCCCUGUCCUACAAGUACGCCUCGGGCGCCAUGGCGCUCGGCGGCCAGGAGGACCUCUGGGACGACCUUGUCAACGUCACGGCCAGCGUGUCCAACAGCGGCUCCCUGACGGGCGCCGAGGUCGCCCAGCUCUACGUCUCCUUCCCCGACGAGGCCGAGCAGCCCAUUCGCAUACUGCGCGGCUUUGAAAAGGUCACCAUUGCCCCCGGCGAGUCCGCCAACGUCGGCUUCACCCUGCGCCGCCGCGACCUGAGCUACUGGGAUACCGCCGCCCAGGGCUGGGCUAUUGCCUCUGGUGACUAUACCCUCGCCGUCGGUACCAGCUCCCGGGAUCUGAAGGCUAGCACUACGCUCAGCCUCCAGGUUGCUGCUUAA